AGAGAGAACACUUGUGAUAUAACUACCCCCGCCUUGCUAACAUCCUCAUUAACGACGGCAGCUACAGGAACGACCCAUCGCAUUUCCUACCCUGCCUUACGACGCGCUUUGUAUUCGCGUCGACGUCUUCGAAGGAUCGCAACAUCGCACGAACUGUACAUCUCGAGUGCAUUCACAUUUGCGUUACGAAGACGAGAACGACUCGCCGCAAUGGACCCCAAACAGCUCCCGUCAUAUUCAUCUACAUCAGCACAGGAAGAUGUCCGUCCAGAAUAUACCCCAUCUCGACCGCCCUCCUACCGCACGGUGGCCUCUACGACUCAGCCCACCCUCCCGAACACACGGCCACGAAAUGCCGGCCCUCCCGCAGGAAUUCAUGCGCCUCUAAUAUCCACAUCCCGUGGCCCCCUAGCCGUAGCCGCUCAGUACAACCUCUACGUCGAGUCCGGCUUCACAGGUCGCAAAAGCGUCACCUUCACCCUCCCCGACAAGCGCACGCCAGCCUACUUCGUUGACUACCGAUCAGGCCGCGCAGACCUCCUCAUCCGUCGCGGAAACUCGUCAGGCCCAGUCAUUGGCAGCGCUAAAUUCCACCACUUCACCUCGCGCGUAGACUUAGAAUAUGGGCAGCAGAAGGCUGAGAUGCGCAAGGACGGCGCCUUCACGCGUCGCCAUGUCGUUGACAUGCCCGCCGGCCCCGAUAAAUCAUACUAUUGGAAGGGCACAAGCGACUACAAUUCGUCUUUCUUCACGGGUGGAAGUUUGAAACUCGAGGGUGCGAGCGGAACUGUCUUUGUGGCGUUCGCGCGCUCGAGGGGCCAGUCUAAGGACGGGCAGCUCAAUAUACUGAUGGAGGGCCUCGAUGAGCAAUUUCUGGACCAGAUCGUGGUCAGCUUCAUGGCAAUGGUGGAGGUAGAGAGGAGGAAGCGUAAAAGCGCAGCGGCAGCGUCAGGAGGAGGAGGCGGCGGUGCCUGAGCUACUAGCAUCAAUGUAAGAUACGUUUUUUAUGAGCAAAUGAAGUUUUCAAUACCAAGCCUUCUAGUUCUUGUCCU